AUGGGCAAAUAUGCGAAGAGUGCACAGAAUGUACUAGCAAUAUUGAAACGUAUGGGGGGAACAGAGUUUGAAAAAGCUUUUGGUAGACAGUUUCUCAACACAUUCUGGGAUAUCAGGGCCCCCAAUAUCCCAGAAGUAGCUCCGUAUCAACCACCUAAGCAGCAGAGCGAUUAUUCUAGCUCAAGUAUUUUGUUAGCAGAAGCAAAGACGACGAAUGUUCGACAUAUGUUCGAACUACAAAAUGCUGCAAUGGAAAGGAGACUAGAGAACAUUGGGAGAAUGAUGGAAGAUCUCGAGAUUUCUCAGACGCGAAAAGCGGCUCGCCAGGCGAGGCUCAGUCAGCAAAACGAGGAAUCUCAAAAAAAGAGAAUUGAGAGAGCACAACGAAAUCAGAAAGAACGAGAUGAUGCUGCAAUAGAAGGCAAGAACGAGCGAGGAGAGUUCAGCAGGAACGAAUGA